GUCCGUCGAAAGUAUUUUUUUCAAUAUAUAUCACAAAUUCCUAUCUGGUAUAUUGCUAUUUACCAACGAUAGCAUCACUGGUCGCCUUGCAGACUAUAAACGUGCUGUUAAAUAGGUGUAUAGGAAAUCCAUUUGAAUUUAAUCACUAGAAAUUGAUAUUGAUUGUAACAAGUGCAAAAAGCGAAAAAUUCUAGAGCAGUCGCGUCUUUAACAACAGAAAUAUACUAGAUGAAGUGAAAAUGGCUACGACUGGAGAUAUUGCGCUGGACGUUGUGUUCUCUUUCAUUUCAUCAAUUGGCGUCGUUGGAAACAUCUUGGUUUGUCUCGUCGUYCUUCUCAACAAACCCAUGCGAACACCCAUGAACUACCUCCUCGUUAACCUUGCCAUCUCUGACAUGAUGUUACUGGUUUUCUUAACUAUGCAUUUUGUCUUUCAUCACUCGCUCGAUGACAUUUCAUGCAAAGUUGUGAGCGUCUUUGCGUGGACUGGAGGAUACGCAUCUUCCUUCUUCCUCGUUGCGAUAGCAGUAGAAAGAUUUUUUGCUGUCACUCGUCCCCAAGAUAUCCAGCGGAGAAUUACAAUAACGAAAGUAAAAAUAAUAGCCCUGUCUUGCUGGUUGUUGGCUCUAGCAUGGAAUAGCAUUGGCUUUAAAACGAGGCACUUCAAUUCGCAACUGGGAAGAUGUAAAGGAAAAUGGCGAUACAACGAUGCACGCAAGGCGUACAAACUAUUAUCGUUCUUCUUUGUCGGCGUUUUACCCGUCACUAUCAUGUUUCUGCUUUACUCAAAAGUGGUCUAUUCUCUUUGGUUUAAGACAAACAAGUCUCCCGACUCCUGCACUCAGAUUGCAGCAUUAAAAAAUCGUCAAAAGGUGACAAAAAUUGUCUUGUCAGUCAGUCUUCUYUACGCGGUCUGCUGGUUACCAGAGCUGUUYCUAUUUGUACUCAAAACAUACAAACCUGGUGUAAUCCAAGGAACCAAGUCCUUUGCUAUAACUGUGGCAAUACUCUGCAUUAAUUCUGCAGCGAAUCCUCUGAUUUACUGCUUUCAUAGCCAAAGGUUUCGCUGCCAUUUACAGAAGCUGUUGAAGUGUGGAAAUGCUGAUAGCUACAGGCUCAAGGAUACUGGGUCUCCAUCGACAACUCGAGUAGAAAAUCAAGCCAACUUAAUUUCAACGCAAGCUGAUGACUAACUGCCUAGAAACUUGAAAUCUCUUCAGUAGCAGUURKCCAAUUGUGACAUCAUAGCGCGCAUUAUGAUGUCAUGUAUUACGUAAUUUGAGUGUUGUAAUUGCGCGCGUUAAUGACGUCAGAUAGCAAUACUUAUAGUGYGCAUGCUCACUGACGCUCUAUAUAGCGCACUCAAAUUCAAAUUAAAUGACAAAAUCUAGGUAAAGGAAAUCAAAAGUAACCAUUGUCGAACCCUCACGACAAUUUCUUCAUAUUCGGAGAGUCACAGGAUACUUAUAAAUAAAGCUAUUUUGUCCUCGGUCAUGGGCUAGCUACUAUCGAUAUAUCUGUGCGCGUCCCCUAGUUUUGACUGUGAAACUACACUGGGCAGCACGCGGUAGGGGGCUCGGCGACAUCUCCUGCCUGAUCCAUGUGACGAUUCAUCGCGCGCCUUGACGCCUAAGUAUUGGUAGUCAUAUUCACUCCAUAGUCUUUUGAUUUUGAUAAYCGGAUAAGGCACAUUAACUCUUUUAAUCGCAAACUG